AUCGGCAUGUUCGCUUAUCAAGUGCUGAUUUUUCCUUGCCUGCUCUUGGCUCUUGAUCCUGCUGCUGCUCAAUAUCUACAGAGCUCCGUCGCCGUUUCGUGUACUACGCCCUACGUGCUUCAAAAUGGGGCUUGUGUGCUCCCAACGGUUGCCUCGAGCCCUUUAAUCAAUAUUUAUGCGAUGACAACUUCACCAUGCUCGACUCAAGCGGCUCUUCCCUCUACACCUGUGCAAUCUUUACCUGCACUUUGUCCUAAUCAGCCUGUAGCACCCUGUCCAACAUCAGGCUCAACUCAGCCUAGUGUUCCUGCUCAGCAUCUUCCGUGUCCGAAUCAACCGGUGGCACCCUCUCCGACCGUUCCAGUACAAUCUCAACCGCUCCCUUGUCCGAAUCAACCUGUGGCACCCUCUCCAUCUGUUCCAGUCCAACCUCUGCCUUGCCCAACAGAGCCGAGUGUUCCAGCUCAAUCUCUUCCGUGUCCGAAUCAACCGGUGGCACCCUCUCCGACCGUUCCAGUACAAGCUCAACCUCUAUCAUGUCCAAAUCAACCUGUGGCAUCCUACCCAAUCGUUCCAACUCAACCUNNACCUCAAACUCAACCUCAACUUCUCCCUUGUCCGAAUCAGCCUGUGGCACCCUCUCCGGGCGUUCCAAUACAAACUCAACCUCUCCCUUGUCCGAAUCAACCUGUGGCACCCUAUCCCAUCGUUCCAGUGCAACCUCAACCUACUCCCACACCGGCUCAACCUAUUACACCCUAUCCUCCUGCACCUACAACAACAACRACAACAACGACAACUACAACAACAACGACGACAACCAAAAGACCAACCACCCAGCCGCCUCCUGCUCCAUUGCGCCAAUGUCCAAAGGGCACAGUGCUCAUCAACGAUACAUGCCACUUGGUUUAUUGUGGUAAGGGAGUCUAUAACGAUGUUCAUUGUGUGGAGCCGCGAUGCCCUAAGGGUACCUAUUGGUCGGGUCUGAAAUGCGUUUAUCCACAGCCCGUGGAAGUGGCACCGAUUCACCUCGAACGAACAAUCAUCCAGGAAUCCAAGAGCACGCCCGACAUUGCGCUCAACAAUGUGCAGCAUCUGGCAGUCAACGCUUCGCUGACUCUGCCUACGGACUAUAGGGAUUAUGUAGAGGAAUCUGAAGAGAAGGAGAUCUUACCGCCGAUUGUUCUACCCACAUCUAGGCCACCACCCAAAUGCUGUACGGUUCUUGCACCACGCACUUGUCGAAGCUCAUCGCAGAGCAAUCGCUGGCAGUGCUUCAAUCCCAAACAGCAAGUAUGUGGCGACGUAUGCAGCGCCCCAAAAAUGGCUUUAAAGCCAGCCAGGAUUAGCAGCUGGAACGAGAACAAUUACCAAAUGCUCACCAUGCCUCCCAACUGGAACUCCGAUUGCCAGAUGCAGGGCAACUGUCCACGAACAUCAAAUCGUUAUGACUGUAGCGGCUGCGCGUUCGGCCACAUGACAUUCUGCUCCUCGUACUGCUACAACUAUCACUGCCGUAGUCCCACGUGCGCCUACUACGAUCAGCAGGAGUUCUGCGAUUCUCCACAAUUCGCCGGAUCCGUGGGCUGCAGUCCGGAUUAUGGAUGGCGUCGUUAAUUAGAUUGAUUGCAA